AUGAAGAAGACGCUGCCCUCCGGCAAGACGAGGUUGCAGAUGCUCAAGUGUGCCGCCCAACCAGAGAGGCUGGAGUGGAUGUUGAAUGCGGCCCGCAUGCGCUCCAGGAUGACGCGUGAAGAGCGCGCUCUAUUGCCCGCAGGCACCACGUCGAACGAGUCUUUUCACAUGGAGCUCAAGCGCUGUUUCUUCGGCCAGGCCAUGCACUCUUGCAUGCUUUCCUUGAAGCUCGCCGUCAUCCAGAUCGCCAAGCUGAUGACUCAUAAUCCAGCGCUGUACCACCAGACGCUGGCGCAGGUGCCGCAGAGCCGCCUGCUUCAUCGCUUGGCGGGGGCGACGGAGUUGUUCGGCCAGGCGAGCUGGGAGCGAUGGUGCGCGCCCCUCUGCGCUGACGGCGCCGCGCAGAAAGCCCCCUCGCCCUAUGCCGCCGAGGGGAAAACGCUCCAGGCGCGGGCGUCUCAGUGGCGAGCAGCGAAGGGCGAUGCCGGGAACCGCCGCGACAGAG